AUGGCUCAGCGUGUCGACAAGCUCGAGUUCCUCGUCCUCGUGGACAACAGCAUCGAGCGUCUGCAACGCCUCCCCCCAGGGUUCAGCCAUGAGCUGCCCCAGCAUUUGCACCACCACCUGAAUCCUGUGGACGAGCUAACUGGCCUUCCUCUCACGCGGUUCGAAGAUUUCUGCUGCGGCGCCCACGGCCUGAGCAUACUUAUCACGACGAUAGGCGAUGAGCAAUUCCAGGUUCUGUUCGACACGGGCCCCGAAGGCCUCAGCAUCCGCCGCAACGUUGAGGCCCUGGACGUCGACCUGACCAAGCUCGACGCCUUCGUCUUGAGCCACUGGCACCGCGACCACUCCGGAGGCAUCCUGGAGACUCUGAAGAUGCGCAAUGCGCAGGGUGCGCAGACUCCGCUGAAGCUGGACCUGCACCCGGAUCGGCCGAUCAGACGAGGUCUCGCCCCUGGCCCGAAGUACGUUCCGAUCACGAACUGGCUUCCCGACCCAAGCUUCAGCGAGAUGCGGGCUCUGAACGGAGCCCCAGACCUGCAUGCCGAGGGACACGAAAUCAAGAAUGCCGCAGGCAAGGGGACGGGCGUGUACGUCUCUGGCGAGAUCCCGCGCGUGCACCCGUUCGAGAAGGGGUUGCCUGGGGCUGUGACGUGGAUGCUGAACGAAGAUGAGAAGGACGCCGAUGGCUCCAAGGCGAAGGGGGAGGAGGCCAUGCCUACCUCUGGCUCUGAGGCGCAGGCGGCCAAACCGAGAGGCGGGUGGGUGACGGACGAGCUGCUCAAGGAUGAACGCUACGUCGCCGUCGACGUGAAGGGACACGGCCUGGUGCUGUUCUCGGCGUGCUCGCACGCAGGCAUUUGCAACGUUAUCUCCUCGACGCCGGACGUAUUCAACAAGCGCCCUGUGCACAUGGUCGUUGGCGGGCUGCACCUGAUCCCGAUCGAGACGCAACCCGUCGCCGAGACUGUCAACUUCCUCGGCAAGCGCAUGAGCCCCCGCCCCGACUGGAUCGUCCCCCUGCACUGCACCGGCGUCGAGGCUAGGGGCAAGCUCAUCGACGAGUUUGGCAAGCAGUGCAUCCCGUCGGGCGUUGGUAUCAAGGUCACCGUGGAAGGGGACGAGGAGAAGGAUAGGAAGCUCGACGACGUUGACCUCGUGAUCAAUUCCACAGAAGGCGGUAUACGGCGAACACUUACGGAGCGACUACGCUGCAGCCGGCUCUCUACUACUCUGGCGGAGGAUGGCGCAGACCUACGGGCUGAUGGUAGCGCGAACGGCGCGGUGGUCGCUCCAUCGCCCAGUCCACCCAAAGCUGUCGCCCUCCUCGAUCCAGUUAUCGAUGACCGAGUACUGCGUGCACUUCCAGCCUCCGCGGGCAACGUUGCUUCCAACGUCAGCGCCCAUCAUGAUGAAGUCGAUGCGGGUCGUUUGCGUCUGCCCCGGCGCCGUGAAGCCAGUCCAAGUGACCAGGGGGCCGUAAGGCGCGCUCUGACCGCCGCGCUUGCCCUUCUGUCGCAGCUCAACGUGCUUGAACGUGUCGAGGAACGAGAACGAGUCUUUCCCGUUCGGCAGCGGGUUCUGGGACACAAUGUUCUUGUAGCCGUCCUCGUUAUCAGGCGAGUCUGGAGUCAGCGAACGUGUCCCUCGUUCAGGUGUCAAGCGGUGAAGUGA